AUGGUGGCUAGGGAGAGUGAGCGGUUGGACUCGGCAACUUAUUUGGGACCCGUACCUGUCUCGGUGUCUCUCAACUCAAACCCGUCUCGCACUAAUCGCCGCGCCACUCUAGAUACGAUUAUGAAUAACCCAGCGUCGCGUGGAGUCUCGCCGCAAGCAGAGGGAGUGAGUCCACCGGAUCCUGGUAGUCUCAACCGCAACAGCCUUACGGCGGAAGAUGGUCAGCGAAAGUCGCGGAUUGGAGGUAUGUUCAAGAAGAUAUUCAUGAAGGACGAAUAG